CAAGGAACGAACAAGACUCGAGAAUUGUUGCUGUGAAAAUCACUGCAGAACUAUGGCAGCGAGAUGGGAAGAUGAUUUGCAAGGUUAUGACGUGAGUCGUUUUCGAGGAGAAGUCAACGAAGAUCUGCUUUGUUCCAUUUGUCAGGAAGUUCCAAAGGAUCCCAGACUUUGCCAACACAAAGAUCACAUAUUUUGUUUCGCUCAUAUAUCACGACAUCUCGUUCAAAACUCUCAAACAUGUCCAGUUUGCAGAGAUCCUCUGACUCAAAAAACCUUGAGACGACCAACAGGAUUUCUGAAGAAUUAUUGGGAAGGUCUGAAAAUCAAGUGUGAUCAUCAUGAACGAAAAUGUCCUGACUUUGUUCGUCUGGAACAUCUUCCAAGACAUGUCGAGGAAUGUGGAUAUGCUCCUGUCAUGUGUCGUAAUGAAGGAUGUGAUACAGAGGUCAAUAAAAAAGAUAUUGAAAAUCACGAGAAAUAUCUUUGUCAGUUCAGAAUCGCCAAAUGA